ACGGACUGACCGCGCUCACUACUCAUAUAAACGUCAUAUUUACACCGUCUGCGCUGCUCACAUGUGUUUAACCCAUUCCUCACUGCAAACUCCACAGGAUAAAAACAGCGAAUCACGCAACGCUUCAUAAUCUACAUUUACUAACUAGAAAUUCAAUUGAAUAAAAAGCAAAAAGAAGGAAAACUCUGAGGGUAAAGAGGGUCCCUUAAUAGAAUCUGCCCAUCAACAAUAUGGCGGCGCGUCUUUAGCAACUCUUAACAGGAAGAACAUUGUGAUUGGUCUCUGAGCAGAACUAGAACGAGCUCAUUGGCUAUGGGGCGGGGCUGCCUUGCCUGAGGGAAGAGUGAGAAAUCUUGGCGUUUCUCUCAAUACCUAAACCUGAUAGUGUUUCUCUGAACUCUUCCUGUAACUUUCUUGUUCCCUGGGCUGCUGGGUGGGAACAUGAAGGCUGAGCACAGUUCUGAACUGCCCAAACCAGAGACUGACUGGGAGUCCGGCACAAGAUCUGGCGAUUGCUUAACAAGCUCUGAUGGAUCAGGUUUUAUCUGCAGUAAAGCCGGAGAAACCUCCACUAUGAAUAGUGACCCGUGUGGAUUACAGAAGAGAACGGACACAGGGGACAAACCUUUUACCUGUACAGAAUGUGGGAAAACUUUUACUCUCAAGUCAAGCCUUCAAAACCACAAAAAAACUCAUUCCAGAGAGAAAUGUUUCACCUGUACAGAAUGUGCAAAAACGUUUACUCUAAAGUCAAGCCUUCAAAACCACAAAAAGAUUCAUACCAGAGAGAAACCUUUCACCUGUGCUGAAUGCGGGAAGAAUUUUACUGACAAGAGGAAAUAUAUCGGACACCUCAGAAUUCACACCAUACCGAAACCACUGGCCAGAACAGAAUGUGCAAAAACGUUUACUCUAAAGUCAAGCCUUCAAAACCACAAAAAGAUUCAUACCAGAGAGAAACCUUUCACAUGUACUGAAUGCGGGAAGGAUUUUACUGACAAGAGGAAAUAUAUCGGACACCUCAGAAUUCACAAUAGACAGAAAUCUCUAAACUGCACAAAAUGUGGGAAAACUUUUACUCGAAAGUCAAGCCUUGAAAACCACAAAAAAAUUCACACCAGAAGGAAACAUUUUACCUGUACAGAAUGUGGGAAACAUUUUAUUGACAAUAGCAGCCUUCAAAAACAUAAGAGAAUUCACACUGGAGAGAAACCAUUGACCUGUACAGAAUGUGGGAAAACAUUUACUCGACUGGCAAGCCUUCAAAACCACAAAAAACUUCACACUGGAAGGAAGCAUUUCACCUGUACAGAAUGUGGGAAGAGUUUUACUGACAAGGGCAAACUUCUCAGACACUGGAGAGUUCAUACAGGGGAGAAACCAUUCACCUGUACAGAAUGCGGGAAACAUUUUAUUGACAAUAGCACUCUUCAAAAGCACAAGAGAAUUCACAACGGAGAGAAACCUUUUACCUGUACAGAAUGUGGUAAAAGUUUUACUCGAAAGCUAAGCCUUCAAAACCACAACAAAAUUCACACUGGGGAGAAACCUUUUGACUGUACAGAAUGCGGGAAAAGUUUUACUGAUUUAAAAACUCUUCAACAUCACUACAAAAUUCACACUGGAGAGAAACCUUUCAUCUGUGCUGAAUGUGGAAAAGGUUUUAAUCAAAAGACAACUCUCUUAAAUCACAGCAAAAUUCACACUACAGAGAAACCUUUUCCCUGUACUGAAUGUGGGAAAUGUUUUACUGAAAGGAAAACCCUUCUAAAUCACAACAAAAUUCAUACCGGAGAGAAACCUUUCAUCUGUGCAGAAUGCGGAAUAGGUUUUACUCAAAAGACAACUCUUUUAAAUCACAGCAAAAUUCACACUACAGAGAAACCUUUUCCCUGUACUGAAUGUGGAAAAUGUUUUACUGAAAGGAAAACCCUUCAAAAUCACAACAAAAUUCAUACCGGAGAGAAACCUUUCAUCUGUGCAGAAUGCGGACUAGGUUUUACUCAAAAGACAACUCUUUUAAAUCACAACAAGAUUCACACUGGGGAGAAGCCUUUUUCCUGUACAGAAUGUGGGAAGUGUUUUGCUGAAAAGAAAACCCUCCAAAACCACAACAAAAUUCAUACCGGAGUAAAACCAUUUACCUGUACAGAUUGUGGGAAAAGUUUCACUCAAAGGACGAGCCUUCAAAACCACGUGAAAAUUCACACGGGAGAGAAACCGUUCACCUGUACAGAAUGCGGGAAAAGUUUUUCUGAAAAGAAAACCCUUCGCGAGCACAACAAAAUUCAUACUGGGGAGAAACCAUUCACCUGCACAUAUUGUGGAAAGAGUUUUUCUCAAAGGAUAAGCCUUCAAAACCACUUUAAAAUUCACACUGGAGAGAAACCGUUCUCCUGCACAGAAUGCGGGAAGUGUUUUACUAUAAAAAGCACCCUUCAAAGCCACCAAAGAACUCACACCGGGGAGAAACCAUUCACCUGUACAGAGUGUGGGAAAAGUUUUACUAAGAAGAAAAUCCUUUUAAAGCACAACAAGAUUCACACUGGAGAGAAAAAAUGCACAUAAUGUGGAACACGUUUUACUUUAAAGAUGAACCUUUUAAAUCACAACAAAAUUCUCACCAAAGGGAAACCUUUGUUUUAUCACUUUAGCUAUUUACUGAGCACUGAACAAAAUUCCUGUUUCACGUGUACGGAAUAUGGGACAGGUUUUGUCUAUGAAGCCCAACAAAUACAGUGUGGUGGCCUCUCCCAUGGCUCACAACCUGUAUCACUGCUGUCCUAUUGUAUUAGGUCAAUGGGAGUGUCACAUGGACCUCUAGUUUUGGAGCUUUUGUAUCACAGACUGGACAUUUGCAUGAAGGAAAAACUGAAAAAACCUUAAUAUUAAAGGGAAUUCUGAGUUGUGGGAACUUGCACUCAUCAUGCGCUGGGUAAGAUAUUUGUGAAGAUGGUGGGACAGCACUGGACUUGAAAGGGAACCAUCUUGGACACACAAAUAAUAUUAGCUUUGGCUUAUGGAAACUUUAUAACUAUAAGCAAAAGGUCCGUCCUUUUUCUCAAAUAAUGAAGUCUCCGCAGGCUCCCUUUCAAUAUGAUGGGUCUGUUUUCCUCUGACAUAACUAUGGACCGGUGCUUGUCAAACCUUAUCCGUUCAAGCCCGACCCAGAGGCCAGGGAUCCCCUUAAGUCUCACAAUGAGCACAGAUAUAAUAAUAAUAAUAUAUUGUUUUAUUAAUCAUAGUGAUAUUUCAGUAAUAACUCUGGCACCAGUUACAUAUGGAGCAAACUGUCCAUCCGAAACUGACUGAAAUAAAGCUGCGUGUAUGGAGACAGAUGGCUGAGAUGGACCUGGAACUUCAUAUUAUUAUUUUAUUAUAGUUAAAGAUUUUAUUAUUCCCAUUUAUAAUAGUUACCCUUUAACUCUUAGCCUUAUGGGUUGGGAGGUACCUCACUUGGAUUUAUUGUCUAUAACAAAUUUUAAUUUUGUAGUGAAACCAUGAGGAGGAGGAGGAGCUGAGAGGAAGGAGUCAUUCUGUGCAAUUACAGAUAACAGGGGCUUCUGGGUACAGGCAGAGAUGCACAGAUAUUAUACUGGGAUUCACACAAUGACUACUGGGGCAAAUGGAUCUAAACUUGUUCUUUGCUAAAAUGUUCCCUUUUGGUUCUUCUAUUAAAACUGUUGAAUACAAA